AUGCCGGUUGCGACUCGCGAUGCCAACAAAUCGUACUCAACUCGAGACCGAAUAAGUCGAUUAGUCGUGCUGGCUCUGAGGUUGAAGUUGUUUUGUGAACGCGCUUGAGUGGCAAUGUAAGAUUCUCGGUGAUUGAAAUAAAUCCAUAACUGACAAAAUGACUGAUCGAUAUGCCAACGGAGUGACCACUAGCUUGGUGGAACCUGAAAAUGGUCGCACUGCAUCCGCUAAUGCUAAUGCCAGUAGGGAGCCCUCUCUGGGUGAGGACAAAAUGGUUCUUAAACGGAAACUAACCCUCAUCAAUGGAGUGGCCAUUAUUGUUGGAACGAUAAUUGGAUCGGGCAUCUUUAUAGCGCCCACCGGAGUCUUUCGCUACACAGAAUCCGUGGGAAGCUCCCUCUUGAUAUGGUCAGCAUGCGGAAUACUGUCCACCAUUGGAGCUCUUUGCUACGCAGAACUGGGCACGAGCAUCACACGAUCUGGCGGAGAUUAUGCCUACCUACUGGUAUCCUUUGGACCACUUGUUGGAUUCCUGCGCCUCUGGAUAGCGCUGCUUAUCAUCCGACCGACUACGCAGACCAUUGUGGCGCUAACAUUUGCCCAUUAUGCCGUAAAACCCUUCUUCGAGGACUGCGAUCCUCCGCCGAAUGCAGUGAAACUCCUGGCUGCCGUGUGUCUAACUCUUCUCACCGCCAUCAACUGUCUUUCCGUAAAGGUUUCGAUGAAGGUUCAGGAUGUAUUCACAAUCGGAAAACUGCUUGCCCUCAUCAUGAUUAUUCUGGCAGGACUCUUUUACAUAGUUACGGGUCGACUGGAGAACUUUAGUAAUCCGUGGGAGGGCACUUACAGUGCCCGCAACAUUGGCUACGCCUUCUAUUCCGGUCUGUUUGCCUUUGGCGGAUGGAACUACUUGAACUUUGUGACUGAGGAGCUCCAGGACCCCUACAAAAAUCUUCCUCGUGCCAUUUGGAUAGCCAUGCCCCUGGUCACGGGCAUCUAUGUGCUGGUCAACUUGGCCUAUUUCACCGUGGUCAGCAAACCGGACAUGCUCAGUUCGUUGGCCGUGGCGGUGACCUUUGGCAACAGUGUAUUUGGACCCCUGGCCUUCAUGGUGCCCAUUUUCGUGGCUCUCAGCACCUUCGGCGGGGUCAAUGGAGUGUUGUUCACUUCAGCGCGCUUGUUCGCCACAGGUGCCCAGGAGGGACAUCUGCCCAAGUUCUUCCAGUUGUUCCACGUAAAGCAAGAAACCCCGAUACCCUCGCUUAUAUUCACUUGCCUGAUGUCGUUGCUAAUGCUGCUUACUGAUAAUGUCUACCAGUUGAUAAAUUACUUCAGUUCGGUGCUCUGGCUCUCGGUAGUGGCCAGUAUAGCUGGGAUGUUGUGGCUGAGGCAUAAGAGACCCGAUAUGCCGCGACCCAUCAAGGUGCACCUUGCCCUGCCCAUUAUUUUCAUGGUGAGCUGUGUGACGUUGGUGCUUCUUCCGAACUAUGAGGAACCUCGUGACCUACUCAUCGGCAUUGCCAUCACCUUGGCAGGCAUUCCCUUCUACUACGUCUUCAUCGCCAGGAAGAAGAAACACAAGUGCUAUGGGCGACUAUCCAACUCCCUGGUUGAACUUUGCCGGGCCAUCUUUAAUACCACCGUUGUUGAAUCUAAUGAGGCGUUGAAGUAGAGUCAUUAAGUUCUGAAUCCCACCCGAAAAGAUAUUCGUUUAAAUUUUAAACUGAAAUAUUGUUAGGCUCACAGGGAACAUGUGCUGUUCCCCGUGAGAUUUUUAAAAGCUUUUAGCUAUACAAUGUAUGAUAUUUUCGCAUUUGCGAUUGGCAUUCCUCACAAAAAAUCGAAAUUGAUUAGAAUUUAGUUUUAAACUAUUUAUUUGAGAGUAAACUCCUCAGUUAACAGGUUUUACGCGAAAAAAUACUACCCAAGGCCUUUUAUGUAUUACUUCUCACUAAUGUUUACAUUAUCGUUUAUGGUAAUGCGAUAUAAUCCUUAUUCCAUUUCAAACACAAAAACCGGGAAGUACUCUAUGCGCUUCCCAUUUCGAUGGGAACAAAGCUGAUACAAAAACAAAAAUGUGACAUGUUUAGGGAAGCUAAAAAAAAAUAGCAUUAUAUUAAGCAACACAUACAUAUAUGGAUAUUUAACGUAACCGCGUAGAAAAUUAAAUGUAAUUGCAACCUAAAA